CUGCGCCAGCGCCGGGUUGUCGAGGUAGAUGCGGCACUCGAGAACCGAGUACUUGGUUAUCCUCAGGUAGCGGCGGAUUGGCGCCAUGGCAAUGCGGCAACCGGAAGGUCAAAUACGGAGCAUAACAGAGAGUUCACUAUUGCAUACCAAAGAUUCAGUACUUUGGAAUGUCGAAUGGUUAAACCUUGAACAGAUCCAGGAGGUUAGAAAAGGUCGAUGACAGCUCCGUCACAACUGCAGGGAUGUGGGGUCGUCGACUGUCAGCCUUGCAGAAGCGGCUUUCAGCCUGGCGACGAUCCAUUUUUAUCCCGUCACAUAAACCAGGCGAAGUCCAACAUCCAAGCUCCCAGUCCACUAUGCUGCGUUGGAGAUCAUGUCGAAAAGUUGGGCAUCGACAUUGAGAUUGCCCAAAUCUACACUCCCGCCGCGACCACUUCCUCAACAGCGGGAGCAGCACAUUCGAAGAUGCUCUGACGACUUCUACAAGUGGCAGGCCGAGAAUAGGCCUGCCGUCAGCUCGUUCACACUCCACGAUGGACCUCCAUACGCGAACGGGACGCUGCAUACCGGGCAUGCGCUGAACAAGAUCCUCAAGGACAUUAUCCUCAGGGUGAAGGUCCAGCAAGGUCGGCGAGUAACAUACAUUCCGGGAUGGGACUGUCAUGGCCUCCCAAUCGAGCUCAAAGCUCUGGGAGCUUCCGGGGGCAAGCACCUGACCCCCGUGCAAAUCCGGGAGACUGCUCGCGCGCUUGCGUCCAAGACGGUGCUGGAGCAGAUGAAGGACUUCCGGUCAUACGGCGUCAUGGGCGAAUGGGACCGCAGGUGGACCACCAUGGACAUGUCCUACGAGAUCAAGCAGCUCCAGCUGUUCCAGCAGAUGGUGCGUCGAGGCCUGGUCUACCGGAGAUAUAAGCCGGUCUACUGGUCCCCCUCCUCGGGGACCGCCCUGGCGGAGGCAGAACUCGAGUACAACGAGAACCACAUCUCCACGAGUGCGUACAUCAGGUUUCGCAUCACGGGAGACUGGCGUAGUGACCUAGCACUGGGGGACUUCGCUGGCAACUUGUACGCCGUCAUCUGGACAACAACUCCAUGGACGCUUCCCGCAAACAGGGCUAUUGCGGUCCACGACGAGCUUGACUAUUCCAUUGUGCGUGUCGGAAAGGAAGCCAUGAUCAUCGCGAACACCUGCCUCGAGUCCGUCCGUCAGGCCUGCUUUGACGCGAGGGACUGGGAUAUCCUCCGUGUCGUCAAAGGCGACCAGAUCAGAUCACUUCGGUAUAUCAACCCCCUCCAAGGCAAGGAGGCCUCGCCACAGCCGAUUCUUCACGGGUCUUUCGUCUCGGCAGAGUCGGGUAGUGGCCUCGUCCACUGCGCGCCAGGGCACGGGUUCGAUGAUUACGAACUCUGUACGCCUCUAGGGAUCCCCGUUUCUGCGCCCGUAGACAGUGAUGGCUUGUUUACAGAGGAGGCCUAUCCCGAUGAUCCCGAGCGCCUGAAGGGCGCUUCCGUCUUGAAAGGCGGUAGCAAUGCCGUCUUGGGUCUGCUGGGUGAUGACGUCCUCGCGGUGAAUAAGUACAAACACAAGUAUCCGUACGACUGGAGGACAAAGCAGCCUAUAAUCAUGAGGGCAACGGCGCAGUGGUUUGCUGAUGUGGCUACGAUCAAGGAUUCCGCUCUCAAAGCGCUUGGCGAUGUGCGUUUCGUCCCCGAAAGCGGGAGGAAGAGGCUGGAGGCAUUCAUCAAGGGCCGGAGUGAAUGGUGCAUCUCGAGGCAGCGGGCCUGGGGAGUGCCCAUACCGGCGCUCUAUGACGCAAACGGGGACGCAGUGAUGAACGACGAGACCAUUGGGCACAUCAUUUCUGUUAUCCAAGCGAGGGGGACAGACGCGUGGUGGUCUGAUGAUGCAGCCGACCCGGCUUGGAUACCCCCGUCUCUUGGCAAAGAAGGGGGCUAUACGCGAGGCACGGAUACCAUGGACGUCUGGUUCGACAGUGGCAGCAGCUGGACCCAGACUGGGAGUCAGGCUGACCUUUACCUCGAAGGGUCAGAUCAGCAUCGAGGCUGGUUUCAGUCUAGUCUCCUGACGAGGGUUGCGGUAUUGGCUGCUGGCAAUCCUCGCCCAAAUGCAACUCAAGUCGGUCUUGCUCCGUUCAGAACGCUCAUCACCCACGGCUUCACCCUGGACCAACACGGCAAGAAGAUGUCAAAGUCCCUCGGCAAUAUCAUCUCCGGGGAUCAAGUCAUGGAUGGAUCCUUACUGGCCCCCCUGAAAAUGAAAAAGAAGGGCGGGAACACUCCUCCUCUCGUCAGAGAUGCCCUCGGUCCAGACGCCCUGCGGCUCUGGGCGGCCAGCAGCGACUAUGCGGGCGACGUAAUUAUUGGUGAAUCUGUGCUGAAAGCGACUCACCAGUCUCUCCUCAAGUAUCGGACCAUCAUCAAGAUGUUGCUCGGAUCGAUGCACCAUUCAGCACGAACUGCUCCCCUGACUGCACUCGACCACAUUGCCAUCAUCCAGCUGAGGGACGUGAUGGAGGAAGUGGGUAGGCUGUACGAGAACUUUGAGUUCCACAAGGCAUUCAGCGCGCUGAACCGCUGGGUCACGAAUGACCUAUCGGCUUUCUACCUGGAGGCGCUGAAGGACCGCCUAUACUGUGCCGACGGCGGGGGAGUGCUAGAGCCCAUCUUCUUUGGUUUCUUGAGGAUGCUGGGCCCGAUCACUCCGCUCCUGGUUGAGGAGGCGUGGGACCAUGCGCCAUCGUGGUUGAAGGACGACCCAUCCAUCUCCCACCCACUCCAGCAGCUCUACUCCUCCCCCACCAUCGACAGCACCCGCCUGACGCAGCACAGCGAGUCCCAGCUCCGCGAAGCCGUGCCCGUGCUCAUGUCCGCGCACGCCGCCAUCAAGGCGGCGUCGGAGCGCGCCCGCGCGGAGAAGGUCCUCGGCUCGUCGCUGCAGUGCUCCGUCAUCCUCGAGGUCCCAGACGGCAGCGCCGCCCUCUUCAGCCUCGCGGCGCUGGCCGACGAGCUGGAGGCCAUGUUCGUGGUCUCGUCCGUGGAGCUGAACGGCGCCGUGCCCGAGAGCGACUGGGGGUUUUCCGAGGCGUUCGAGGCCCGCGGGUCGCAGUGUCUGGCGUGGGUGCUGCCUCCUAGGCACGCAAAGUGUCCCCGGUGUUGGCGCUAUGUUGCGCCGAAGGAGGAUGAACUCUGCGGGAGGUGUGAAGAGGUUGUUGCAACACCAGCGGUGUGAAGACGGUGUUGCCAAACUGUAGGAUUUGGAUAGAAGGGCUGCAAUGUAACAAUGCAACCUGUUGUAGAAAUAGUAGAUAGAGCCUAGAGUACGAAUAGAUGCCCCC